CUCCUUUUCCAGAGGAUGGCAGUAAUGCAACACUAGGACUCCAGAAACCUUCAAACCUGAAAGGAGAAGAAGAGCAUCAUUUAUUCUGCUUUUAUUUGUGAUAAAACGUUGUCUUAUGGAUCGUUUGGCAUCUUUUGGAAAUGAUGUUGAUAAACCACCAUGCAGAGGAUGCUCAUCCUAUCUAACUGAGCCUUACAUCAAGUGUGCAGAAUGUGGACCCUUACCUUUUCUACUCUGCCUCCAGUGUUUCACCAAAGGAUUUGAACUCAAGAAGCAUGAGAGUGAUCACAAAUAUGAAAUCAUGACAUCAGACUUCCCUGUGCUGGAGUCUGGGUGGUCGGCACAGGAAGAGAUGGCCCUCUUGGAAGCAGUCAUGGACUGCGGCUUUGGAAACUGGCAGGAUGUGGCAUAUCAGAUGCGCACUAAGACCAAAGAGGAGUGUGAGAGCCACUACAUGAAGAAUUUCAUCAACAAUCCACUAUUUUCCUCCACUUUGCUCAGCCUCCGAAAAACAAAAGACUCCCGCUUUGCAGAGGGAGCUAUUCCUUUUAAACCCACUGAUGACCCCCCUCGGCCCACUUUUGACUCAGUGCUGUCCAGAGACAUGGCAGGAUACAUGCCUGCCAGAGCAGACUUCAUGGAGGAGUUUGACAACUAUGCGGAGUGGGAUUUAAAAGAUAUCGACUUUGUCGAUGAUGAUUCGGACAUCCUACGUGCUCUCAAGCUGUCUGUUGUUGAUAUUUAUCAUUCAAGACUAAAAGAGAGACAGCGGAGAAAAAAGGUAAUCCGAGACCACGGGCUGAUCAACCUGCGCAAAUUCCAGAUGCUGGAGCGAUGUUACCCAAAGGAGGUGCAGGAGCUGUACGAUGUCAUGAGACGCUUUGCCAGAGUGGUUGGGCCGAUUGAACAUGACAAAUUCAUUGAGAGUCAUGCAUUGGAGUUUGACUUGAGGAGAGAGAUCCGCAGGCUGAAGGAGUACAGGAAGGCAGGAAUCAAGUCUUUCUGCAGCGCCAAGGUGUAUGAGCGGGCGAAGCGUCUGCGUGAGGAGGAGCGGAGGAAGCGGACCAUGCUGUGUGACGUGCUGCAGUACAUCCAGGACGGCAGAGCCUGCCAGCAGUGGCUCAGCAAACAGGCAGCAAUAGACGCUGGUAUCACUCCAGCUGUCACAACAAUCACAGUGUCAGCAACAGGUAGGCGGAGCGCCCCCCCUCUGAACCUGACUGGACUGCCGGGAACAGAGAAACUUGAUGAGCGGGAGAAAGAGUUAUGCCAGGUGGUGCGGCUGGUGCCGGGGGCUUACCUGGAAUACAAGCAGGCUCUGCUGAAUGAGUGCAGACGGCAGGGGGGGCUGCGGCUGGCUCAGGCCCGCGCGCUCAUCAAGAUCGAUGUGAACAAAACUCGCAAAAUCUAUGAUUUCCUAAUUAAGGAAGGCUACAUCACUAAGGCCUAGGAGAGUAGGAUUUGACCACAGGGGAUUGUGGUUAGUAUUUUAUUGUUUUUAUUUUAACUUUGUAAGCCCGUGUUUUGAAAGAAGUUUGGAUUGUUGCUGCUCCUUUGACAUUUUGUAACGUGUGUAAGAUCUGUUUGUGUUUUUUAGUCUAAAAUCUAUUCAAAUGGUAUUCUUUGUAUAAUUGUCUGUCAGAAAAACAGGGGCUCAUAUAACAAUGAGGAUGUAUUAAUUUCUCCUGUCUUAAAAUGUUUAUGAAUUAAAUGUGUAUCUUGACGGUUUAGCUUAAGUGAAGAGACAUGAAGACUUAAGUCAGUGCUUAACUAUACAAGCAAAAACAUGAAACUGUGUCUACCGGCUGACAUUUCAACAUAUACGUUGGAUAACAUUUCUAAUAAUUCAUUGAUUAUUAACUUGACUUAUCUGAAUUGAUUGGAUCCGUUCAUUCAAUAAAAUGUGUAUUGAAGUCAAAAACUGCUCAUAAACUAAACGUAUAUAUAAAAAAUAAAGCAUCUUUUUUAUUUUU